CACACAUCAGCUUCCGUGCUCCCACUUCUUCCCUCUGUCUGGCACUAGGAAAGGUGCACAGCGCUUGUAAGGGAAAGAAGAGACGCACAGAGAAAAAGCCCUUCUUCCAAUCUUAAUUAAGUCACUGGCACUUAGAUGUAGUUAUUACCAGCAAUAAACAGUGAUGUGCGACUUGGACCAAUAUCCUUUCCUUUUGAGGUAGCAAAACUGGCUGGCUGGAUAUUGCGAUCCCUCUUAGCCAGAGACUCUCUCCAUCACUCAGAGCUGACAGGAAGACUUCCUUCACGGUGUCUGGUGUCUGCCUAGACUCCUAAUUGUGGCUUGACAAUGCUCACAGAGCGGUGUCUGGGCUUUGUCUAUUCCGGCUUGUACCUCUGGGCAUCCUUGUUCCUGUCUUUUUUAAAAGUCUCCCAGCAAGGUGAAAACCAAAGACGGCUCUACAGAGAAUUACUGAAGAACUAUAACAGCUUAGAACGGCCGGUAGUGAAUGACUCACAGCCCCUCGUCGUGGAGCUGCAACUGUCAUUGCUGCAGAUAAUUGACGUGGAUGAAAAGAACCAGGUCUUGAUAACAAAUGCCUGGCUACAGAUGUCCUGGAUGGACACGUAUUUGUCGUGGGAUCAGUAUGAAUAUCCAGGAGUUCAGAAUUUAAGAUUCCCAUCUGAUCAGAUUUGGGUGCCAGACAUUCUUCUGUACAACAGUGCAGACGAGAGAUUUGAUGCGACGUUUCACACAAAUGUUCUAGUGAACUAUUCAGGAUCUUGCCAGUAUAUCCCUCCAGGCAUCUUGAAGAGCACAUGUUACAUUGAUGUCCGCUGGUUUCCUUUUGAUGUGCAGAAAUGCGAUUUGAAGUUCGGCUCCUGGACGCACAAUGGCUGGCUGCUUGAUCUGCAGAUGCUCGAAGCUGAUAUUUCCAAUUACAUAUCCAACGGAGAGUGGGAUUUAGUGGGUGUCCCAGGUAAAAGGAAUGAGUUGUACUACGAGUGCUGUAAGGAGCCAUAUCCGGAUGUGACUUACACUGUGACAAUGCGCCGCCGCACCCUCUACUAUGGAUUGAACUUACUGAUUCCAUGCGUCCUCAUAUCAGGCUUAGCGUUGCUUGUUUUCUUGCUGCCAGCUGACUCUGGAGAGAAAAUAUCCUUGGGUAUUACGGUCCUCCUGUCUCUCACAGUUUUCAUGCUGCUUGUUGCCGAGAUCAUGCCUGCCACCUCAGAUUCCGUCCCCUUGAUAGCACAAUAUUUUGCAAGCAUCAUGGUAAUUGUCGGCUUAUCUGUGGUGGUGACGGUUCUCGUUCUUCAGUUCCAUCAUCACGACCCUCAAGCUGGAAAGAUGCCCCAAUGGGUUCGUGUAGUUCUGCUGAACUGGUGUGCUUGGUUUUUGAGAAUGAAAAAACCUGGCGAGAGCUUAAGACCCCUUUCUUGCAAAUACAGCCACUCUAGACACCAGUCAAGUGUCAGCAGCGUAGAAAUGAAUGUCUUACCAGGACACCAAUCUAGCAAUGGCAAUGUGAUCUACAGCUACCAUGUCAUGGAAAACCCUUGCUGCCCACAGAACAGUGAUAUGAGCGAUAAGGGUGGAAAAGGUCCCACUUCUUCACCUGAAGAUGCCGAGCUUACUCAAAGGAAAGUUUUAAUGGACACUAUCCCAGUGAUUGUGAAAAUCCUGGAAGAAGUUCAGUUCAUUGCAGCCCGUUUCCGAAAACAGGACGAAGGGGAAGAAAUCUGCAGUGAAUGGAAGUUUGCUGCUGCUGUCAUAGACAGAUUGUGCCUCGUGGCGUUUUCACUCUUUGCCAUCAUCUGCACGCUCACAAUACUAAUGUCUGCUCCAAAUUUCAUUGAAGCUGUUACAAAAGAUUUUACAUAAGGAUCUCAGAAACCAACAGAAAACUCCCAAAGGUUAUUGGGGAUUAUGAAUUGAUGCCAUUAAUUUUGUUAAACAAUGAGAUUUUAAAAUUGGGAAGUGCACUUUGUGCGCCGACUUCAAUAAAGGAAAGGAGUUGGAAUGAAUUUCAGCAUCCAGUUGUCUCCCCCAAAUGUUAGAGAUUACAAGGUACAGGAUUAAAGUACCUGGCUCUGUUACUUGUUUUGUAAACAGUGUCCUCUCCCUGUACUCGUGGUCAUGAUCUCUGAUAAAUAUUAGAUGAAACCUGAUAUACAACAUAUGCGUUGCCAAGUAAUUAGUCAAGUAUAAGUGCUAUUAGGAAAACACUAGUGAACAUUUUGCUGCAUUUGUAAAUCUUUCCUUAAACACGUUAUUUGCUGUCAUUUCCUUAAACACGUUAUGUGUCAUUUUCAAUAUCUUUGUUUGCAUCUUGACGCAAAGUUCAUCUAUGGUAAUGUAUCACUUUUGCCUUGAAUGAUAUUGCGGUUUGCCAAAUAAAUGGCGAGUUUUAGCUUUUAUCACCA